AUGGCCUCUACUCCUGCUACUGUACUAGCUCCCAAGCCAGAGGGCAUCAGCGACAACGAUAGCAGCAAUAAUGUAGCAAAACGACCCAAGCUGACUCGUAGUCGGGCAGGCUGCCUGGAGUGUAAGAAAAGGAGGCGAAAAUGUGACGAGCAAACACCAGGCUGUGGGCGAUGUCUGGCUGCCGGUAGAGAUUGUGUAUACCCCAGCAACUGGCGCAACACGAACGACCGGCCCACCGUCAAUCUUGAUCCUCCAGACUACCUAGCUCUGAUUUUCUGGGACGCUGAAGAGCGAGAAUUGGUGAGUCAUAGCAGCCCUCAAAGGCGUAUCCGUAUCGGCGCUGGCUUAUGCUAUGCUCGGGCUCAGAUGCAGCAUUUCAUGUGUUUCGGCACCAUCAACUUGUGCGCUAUACCCCAAGCAGACAAGCCCAUCCAAUUCUUCGAUAUAUCUUACAGUAUUGCGCAUCCCCGAGGCUCACAUCUUCACUCGGAUGCGCUCUUGAUAUCCCUUCUCUCCAUCGCCGCUAUUCAUCGCUCUUCUCUGCUGCUGCAGCAGCAGAAAGGGUAUCUCAAAGGUCUACCAAGAGGUACUUGGGCAAGACCAUCACUCCCAAACGGCAUCUCAAGCACCAACACAAUCACACGGCUCAGAGCUAUCGGAACGUGCCUAAGUCAAUCAUCGAUGGACUUGUGCCUUUCUGCUCUAUUACUCAAGUUGCCGACUAUCGAGACGACGCCAGAUAACACAUUGGUGCUUCUCACCAGUCUGCUUUGCGCCAUCAUAUCUCAAGUGAUGAUAGGGGGGAUCAAGUGGAAGAAUGCUCUAACCAUCGCCUGUGACCUUGUGAGCGCGCAAGGCGGUCCAGCAGCGAUGCUGGAAGCGGCGUGUGGUAAGCCCCACUUUGCAAGGACCAGAGCUGUCCUUGAGCAACUGGUGUUGGUUGAUGUAUGGCGCUGUCUCGCGACUGGGCAACAGCCACAGCUCCUUGCGGAGCCUUUCCAACCAUGGUGGUAUGAUUAUGCAACAGCCCAAGGCGAGAGAUCAUCCGAGGACUUUCGAAACAAAUGCGGAAUGGACGCGGGAGUUCUAGAACUGGCAAACCGAGUCAACAUACUGGUCCACGAGCAAAACGUGUUGCAAUCAAUAUCUGAUCAAACCUAUAUCGGCCAGAAUACAACAAAAGCCAAUGAUUUGCUUCUGGAGCUGGACAUAUGGGUAGCAGGGGAGGAGAUGGAUGGCCAAACGCCACUGAAAAUCAUUCUGGGUAAUCAAAUCAUGAUUUAUACUCUGAGAGUUGUACUCUUGGUCGAUCUUUUACAUCACGCUCACUCUCACGAGGCUGUCCAGACCGCGGCGUGCAAAGGGUUGCGACUCUUGGAGCAGUCCAGGUCAUUUACGACAAUCAAUAUGCUGAUUGCUACCAUCAUCCUAGGAUCAAUGAUGCAGGAAGAGACUGGACGCCAGCGGGCACGAAGUGUCAUCACCUCUAUGAGAUCCCACGAGAGCUUUUCAUACGAUGUGGAAGAAGCAUUUGGGAUGCUGAACAGGUUGUACGCACUCCGAGACGACGGGCAUUACGAUCCAUCUUGGAGAAGUGUAGUCGGGGAGCUGCUAUUGCUAUAG